CAGCGAGCGAGGAGGGCGGGCGGGAGGCGGGUCCUCCUACCUGGGGCGCGCUCGCUCCCUCGCAGCUCGUUUGCCGGGGCCGCGAGUCACCUGGGGAGGCCGACAAGUGCGGACACAUUGGCCGCCGAGGCGCUCGGCGAGGCGCGCACGGCCCCAGGCGGCUGCGCCCAGGACAGGCAGCGCCCGCCCAGCCGCCGCGCUCGGGCUCGGCCCGGGUCCCCGCCGGCGCUCGUGGGGCUCCGCGGUCGCUCAGUGGGGCGGCGAGGUUGCGCCCCGAGCCUCGGUCACUCCCCGGCCCCGGCGGCGGCGCCCCGCUCACCAUGGUGGCAGCGCGCGCCCAGUGCCCGCGCCUCGCCCGCCGCCGGAGCCGCAGCGCCGGCUGAGCGCGGUCCGCCAGCCCCCGCCCGCCCGCCGCCGCCGCGUCCCCUCCGCCGCCGCUGUUUAUGGCGCAGCCCCCCGCCCUGGAUCAUGCACAGAAACUUUCGCAAGUGGAUUUUUUACGUGUUUCUCUGCUUUGGCGUCCUCUACGUGAAGCUCGGAGCGCUGUCGUCCGUCGUGGCCCUCGGAGCCAACAUCAUCUGCAACAAGAUCCCCGGGUUGGCCCCGCGGCAGCGCGCCAUCUGCCAGAGCCGGCCCGAUGCCAUCAUCGUGAUCGGGGAGGGGGCGCAGAUGGGCAUCAACGAGUGCCAGUACCAGUUCCGCUUCGGGCGCUGGAACUGCUCUGCCCUCGGGGAGAAGACGGUCUUCGGGCAGGAGCUCCGAGUAGGGAGCCGUGAGGCCGCCUUCACCUACGCCAUCACCGCGGCCGGCGUGGCGCACGCGGUCACGGCCGCCUGCAGCCAGGGCAACCUGAGCAACUGCGGCUGCGACCGCGAGAAGCAGGGCUACUACAACCAGGCCGAGGGCUGGAAGUGGGGCGGCUGCUCGGCCGACGUGCGCUACGGCAUCGACUUCUCCCGGCGCUUCGUGGACGCGCGUGAGAUCAAGAAGAACGCGCGGCGCCUCAUGAACCUGCACAACAACGAGGCGGGCAGGAAGGUCCUGGAGGAGCGCAUGAAGCUGGAGUGCAAGUGUCACGGCGUGUCGGGCUCCUGCACCACCAAGACCUGCUGGACGACGCUGCCCAAGUUCCGCGAGGUGGGCCACCUGCUCAAGGAGAAGUACAACGCGGCCGUGCAGGUGGAGGUGGUGCGCGCCAGCCGCCUGCGGCAGCCCACCUUCCUGCGCAUCAAGCAGCUGCGCAGCUACCAGAAGCCCAUGGAGACGGACCUGGUGUACAUCGAGAAGUCGCCCAACUACUGCGAGGAGGACGCGGCCACGGGCAGCGUGGGCACGCAGGGCCGCCUGUGCAACCGCACCUCGCCCGGCGCCGACGGCUGCGACACCAUGUGCUGCGGCCGCGGCUACAACACGCACCAGUACACCCGCGUCUGGCAGUGCAACUGCAAGUUCCACUGGUGCUGCUUCGUCAAGUGCAACACGUGCAGCGAGCGCACCGAGGUCUUCACCUGCAAGUGAGCGGCCCCGCGGCCGCCGGCCACGCGGCCACCCGCCACUGUGCACACGCUCCCGCCUUCCCGGCUCCGCGCGGCCGGCGGGGCAGCGGUGGCUGCAGACGGUGGGGCUCCAGACGCAGGGGAACCCCCUGGGCCCAGCACCCU